GCUACAGAUUAGCCCUUAUAAUAGGUUAAUUUAACACUUUACGAACACAGCAGGAGAGAUACAAACAUAUAAGUCGAUCCUCUAUAAAAUGAGCUCACUGUACAUUUACUUAAGAUGUUAUUUUUAGGCAUAAAUACGUAGUUUGUUGUUGUUGUUUUUUUAACUAACGUGGUGCUCUUGAAUGUCUCUCAGUAGUCAGCAUGGUGUCAACCUGGCGUGUAAAGGCUGCUGGACCCUCCUGACUGAUGGGUGUGGACAAAGACAUUUCCCUCCCGUCUGAUUGUGCAACGGGGCGAUAUCAAAACUUUCUCCAACUGCAGCGGGCAUUCAAAGACAAUCAGGAUGGACCCGUCCAACCAGAAGCACUUCACUGUUGCAGACUAUGUGAUAUUUGCCAUCUUGUUGGCUGCCUCUAUGGGCAUCGGGCUGUACUACGCUCUGUCUGGUGGCCGCCAGCGCACCACACAGGAGUUCUUGUUGGCAGACAGGAAUAUGCACUGUCUUCCUGUUUCUCUGUCGCUCAUCGCCUCAUUCCAGUCGGCCGUGGCGAUCAUCGGCGUACCCGCAGAGAUCUACACUCACGGUACUCAGUACUGGUUCAUCGGCUGCGCUUACAUUCUCGGCCUCUUCAUUCCAGCUCAUGUUUUCAUUCCAGUGUUUUACAGAUUGCGGCUCUCCAGCGCUUAUGAGUAUCUUGAACUGCGAUUCAGUAAAGCAGUGCGCAUCUGUGGAACUCUGACCUUCAUCUUUCAGACGGUGAUCUAUAUGGGAGUUUGUGUGUAUACUCCUGCCUUUGCACUGAAUGCAGUUACUGGAUUCGAAUUAUGGGGAACAGUGCUGGCCACUGGACUGGUAUGCACAUUGUACACAACACUGGGUGGGUUGAAGGCUGUCAUCUGGACAGACGUCUUUCAGACUGUUGUGAUGUUUGCAGGGCAGCUGGCCGUCAUUGUGGUGGGAAUACAGAAAACUGGAGGCGUGUCUGAAGUCUGGAGGAAAGCCCAGGAGGGAAACCGUAUCUCUGGUCUCGACUUAAAUCCAGAUCCUACAGAGAGACAUACCUUCUGGACUCUGGGCAUUGGCGGGAUCUUCCUCAUGCUGUCCCUUUAUGGAGUGAACCAGUCUCAGGUCCAAAGAUACAUCAGUGCCCGCACAGAGAAAGAAGCUGUCAGGUCUUGCUACAUGGUGUUUCCCUCCCUGCAGCUGGCUCUGGCUAUGAGCUGUGUGAUGGGACUGGUCAUGUUUGCACGUUACUGCGGGGAAGAUCACUCCGAUAAGCUGGGCACCUCUUCCAGGGAUGCAAUGGUGAUAUACUUUGUGAUGGAUAUGUUGCAAGGUCUGCCUGGGUUGCCUGGACUCUUUGUUGCAUGUUUAUUCAGUGCAGCUCUCAGCACCAUCUCGUCUGCCUUUAACUCUCUGGCCACGGUGACGAUGGAGGACCUCAUCAAACCGCACUUCCCAGCUAUGACAGAAGCCAGAGCAACCCUGCUGUCCAAAGCCUUAGCUAUGUCCUACGGGCUGCUGUGUCUGGCCAUGGCGUAUCUAACUCACCUAAUGGGUGAUUCAGUUCUUCAGGUGGCCUUGAAAAUCUUCGGGAUGGUCGGCGGUCCUAUUCUCGGUGUAUUUUGUCUCGGGAUGUUCUUUCCGUGGGCCAACUCCACUGGCGCAUUGGCAGGUUUGGGGGCAGGUCUGGCUGUGGCUUUUUGGGUGGGAAUCGGGAGCAUCAUCACUCGUAGCUCCGGCGCCAGACUGCUGCCACCCGACUGUAGAGCCAUCCUUCUGUCUGACAACACGACCGCUGUCGUUCAGACCGCCCUCAGCAAUGUCACGCUGAGCUCGCCGUCUGGACUGAAAAGAUUUUAUUCCUUGUCCUACAUGUGGUACAGCGCAUUCAACUGCCUCACAGUCAUUAUAGUCGGCCUGAUCAUCAGUUUUCUCACAGGUCCUAUGAAAGAAGUGGAUUUGACACCGGGCACGCUUUAUCCUUUGUUGGGGAAACUGCUGUUUUUUCUACCUGAGCGCCUCAAAAAGAAGCUGUGCUGUGUGACUCCUCAGGGACAGACCCUCUCACCACAACAACAGCAGCCUCCACAACACAAGCAGAACAACGGACUGACCGUCCCACAAGACGACGGGUCAUCACAGGAGGAGACGGACAGUUUUCUCCCUGACAGUCACACACCUUUUGUGGAGCAUGAAACAGCUGUUUGAUAUCACAGGCUGUAUAACGGUUCAACAUUUUGCACUUGCCUUUUUUUGUGAUGAAGAAUGUAAUUUCAGAUUCAAAACUAGAUCAAGGCUAAACAUCAUUCAGUCAGCACUAGAGUUUUUUUCUUUACCUUCUGACAUAUCUUCAUGAAAAGACUGAAUGCUGCUGAGCUUAAUAAUGCUUUACAGAAUGUUUGGCAACUUAAGAUGUGCAAUCACUGAUUUGCAUAUUUCUGUAUGCAUGUAAAGAAAUACUGCACUAUACUGUUAUUUGAGAAUUCUUGAAUAUCCCGUUAACAGAGAGCGUUUUAUACCGGUGUUUACUUCAUAUUUGACUACUGUUUAGCACUACUGCAGAUGUAUGGGUGGUCCUUGGUCAUACUCUUGAUGACAUGACUCUUGAUGGUGCCUCGCUUUUUAUGAAUGUACGAGUGAAUUUUGUUUAUUUGCCUGAAAUACUGGAGACUUAAAGAUUUUGUAGGUACUUUUUGCAUUGUUUUGUUGUCAUAUACAAGUUUUGUACACCUGAAAAAUAUUGAAAAUCAAAGUAGUUUCUACUGUUGAACUAACUAUUGUUUCCCAGGUUAAGAAUUAACAUUCACACUCAAUUAAAUCAUGUAACAUACAA